CCAAACUUUCUCUCUCCUCUCAAUUUUUCCUCUCUUCCUAGGUUUUUUUAAAAAAAAGAAAAAUACAAAUACAAAAACCUUAAAACAUGGCUUUCACCAAAACUCUCGUAAAUUUCUCCAAAUCAUGUCCCCCAAUUUGCUUCGUUUUUCUCUAAAAAAUCCUACCCCCCUGAUUUCCCCCUGUUUUUAACACCCUCUUAAUUUUUUUAUUUUUCUUUUUAAUUUUUUGAUAAAAAAAUCAAGAUGGGGGCAAAUCUUAACCUAUAUCUGCCCCACAAGAAGCAGCAACAGCCGCAGCAGCAGAAUCAAGGUUCAUCAAAGGGUGGUGGUGGUGGUGGCGGCGGCGGGAUUGGCGUUCCAAAGGGUUGUUUGGCCAUUAAAGUGGGCCACACAAAUGAAGAACAGCAGAGGUUUGUGGUGCCUGUCGUGUACUUUAACCACCCUCUCUUUAUGAAGCUUCUCAAAGAAGCUGAGGAAGAGUACGGUUUUGAUCAGAAAGGUACAAUCACCAUUCCCUGCCACGUGGAGGAAUUUCGUUAUGUGCAGGGUUUGAUUGAUCAGGAGAAAUCUGUUCUUCAUCACCACCACCACCACAACCAUCAUGAUCAUCACAAUCCUAUUGUUGGCUGUUUUAGGGCUUGAUUUUCUUUUUUGUUUUUUUUUUAAAUUUUGAUCUAACGGCUGUGAUAUUUUCUUGUAAAUUCCGUCGGCCUGGAUCAAUCUUAUUAGUUUUGUAUGGGGGGUAAGGGGUUAAUUAGUGGGUGUUCCAUGAAUCAUAAUUAUGUUUUUCAGAAAUUAUUAUGAUGAUGAUGAUAUGAAUGAUAAUGACGAUUAAUUUUAA